GAGGUGAAGGGAAGACGUGAUAGAGGAUUAGAGUGAAUGGGAGAAAAGAGGAAGGGGGCUCCCCAGGAAGUGAGGGAGCUCCGGCUUCUCCGCACCCUCCCGGAUGGAGAGGAUGGGAUGUCCCGGGGUAUCCCUCUCCUCCCGUCCCCCCUCGUUUCCUGGUCAGCCUUUCCUCCCGGGCCCAUCUCCUCUCCGGGCAGGGGAGGCGGGGAGCCCGAUUGGUGCGAUCGGAGGCCGAGGCAAAGCGGGGCGCGGGCCCCCCCCUCCAGGGCCCGCCCUUCCCGCGCCCCGCGCCCCUCCAGGGAUGCCCUGCCAGGGAUGCCCGGCCGGGGAUGCCAGGGCCGAGGCGCAGCGGGCCAAGCGGAGGGAGCCGGGAGAAGUCGAGCCGAAGCGAGCCGAGCCGGGUCUCCGGAUCUCCAAGCGGGGACCCCUGAUGCUGCUUCGCCCACCCCCCUCCCGCCAUCCCACCCGCAACUCCCCAGAAGGCAGCCCCGCAGGAAACCGGGACACCUCCCUCAUCCUCUGCGGGCGGAGAGGCAGCUUGGGAUGAGGGAUUCCCAGCCCUGGAGCCAGAUUCGCAUCAGAAAACGAUUUCGACAACCCGCUUCUACCCCCGACUCACCCCUAAUCCGAAACGACUGGGGGGCCGAGGGAGAGGCUGCUCACCUAGGACCAUUCAUCUGAGACAUCCCUUCUCCUUCCCCUACUCUUGGGACCGGGCUGUUGGGAGGAGUGGAAUUCAAACCUGGAUCACUGGGGCCUUGAGGCUCCUCAGUGAUGGAAUUUAUUGAGCUCCUAUGGAGCACUGCCCUAAGUGCUUGGA